GUGUCGGAUAGAAAGUCAGCCUGGUUUCCAGCUGAGUGCUUGCUCUCUCACAGUGUGUGUGUGUGUUGUCAUUAUUAUCCACUCUGCUCCCAGCUCAGAAUGGCCAGAUUCACUCAGACUGAAACAAGAAGGCAGCACCAUCCACAGCAGCCCCAGCCCGCUCACUCCAGCCUGGUUUUCACCGGACCGGGGGCAUCACCGACCCAACAACCACUACUACUUAUCCCACAUCAGCACCAGUACCCUCAGAUCACAUUUCCGAAACCCAUGAACGGGUCAGAACCCAUUUCAAUUCAUCCGGAGAGCGGCAACAUGAAAGACCAAGAUGCCAUUAAGCUGUUUAUCGGGCAGAUACCGCGGAACUUGGAGGAAAAAGACCUGAAACCCCUGUUUGAACAGUUUGGGAAAAUCCACGAACUGACAGUUCUCAAGGACCGAUACACCGGCAUGCACAAAGGUUGUGCAUUCCUCACCUACUGCGCCCGAGAGUCGGCCAUCAAAGCCCAGAAUGCCCUCCAUGAACAGAAAACACUGCCAGGGAUGACUCGCCCCAUCCAGGUGAAACCGGCUGACAGCGAGAGCCGUGGAGAAGACAGGAAGUUGUUUGUUGGGAUGCUGAACAAACAGCAGACUGAGGAGGAUGUUUACCGCCUCUUCGAACCCUACGGAGUCAUUGAGGAGUGCACAGUCCUAAGAGGUCCUGACGGAAACAGCAAAGGUUGCGCCUUCGUCAAGUUCUCCACACAUACUGAGGCUCAGUCUGCAAUCAGUGCCCUCCACGGCAGCCAAACCAUGCCAGGUGCUUCCUCCAGCUUGGUGGUCAAGUUUGCCGACACAGACAAGGAGCGCACCAUCAGACGUAUGCAGCAGAUGGUUGGGCAGUUUGGCAUCUUCAACCCAGCCAUCGCCCUUCCCUUCAGCACCUACAGCUCUUACGCACAUGCGCUCAUGCAGCAGCAGGCAGCCAUCAUGGCAGCAAGCCACGGAGGUUACCUCACGCCCAGCGUGGCUUUCCCUGCCACACAGAUCCACCAGAUGGGGGCGCUCAACAUCAACAGCCUCCCACCCACCCCCAUGACCCCGGUGUCGGGUGAGUUUCAUCAAACCCUGGCAGGCCUCAGUUCUCCACCAGCCAACAUCACCACCUCCGCCGUGCCCAGCAUCGUCACACCCAUCGUCAACGGAUUCACCGGCAUCCCUCAUCAGCCCAACGGACACCCUGCCGUGGAGACUGUGUACACCAAUGGCCUGCCGCCCUACUCCACCCAGAGCCCCACCGCCGCUGACACCCUCCAGCAAGCCUUCACUGGAGUACAGCAAUACACAGCAAUCUACCCAGCCACCACGCUGACUCCCAUUGGCCAGACACUGCCCCAACCACCCCAGGUCAUCCAGCAGCAGCAGCAGAGAGAAGGUGAGGGUCCAGAGGGUUGUAACCUGUUCAUCUACCACCUGCCACAGGAGUUUGGAGACAAUGAACUCAUGCAGAUGUUUCUGCCCUUCGGCACCGUUAUCUCUUCUAAGGUCUUCAUGGACCGGGCAACCAACCAGAGCAAGUGCUUCGGUUUCGUGAGCUUCGACAACCCUGCUAGUGCACAGGCAGCUAUUCAAGCCAUGAAUGGCUUUCAGAUCGGGAUGAAGAGGUUGAAAGUCCAGCUAAAGAGACCGAAGGAUGCCAGCCGCCCUUACUGACACAGCCUACCUUCAGUAUUCAUUGCAGCAGCACAGGUUUUAGAGGACACGUGAAGAUAUCUCGGAGGAGUCAAACUUUUUUUCUUUGAAAGCAAAAUAUGUUUUAAAAAAAUCAACACAUAAGGAAUUUUUGAAGACAUAUCAGCAUUUACUUAUGAAGAUAUAGGUUACGGCAGAAAACAGAGGAUGCGAAAAGAGGAGGAGGCGCUUCACCGGGGGACUUAACAGUAACAGAUGGCACAGUGCAAGAAAGACAAAAAGAAAAAAAAAACUGAAAAAAGAUGUGAUGAGACUGAACAACAGAACUUUUUCUUGUUGAGACUUGAAUUGUUAAUUAAGCAACAAACUAACAAACAAAAAAGCAGCAACAACAAAUAGAUUUCUAUAUACAUAUUAUAUACACAUAUAUAUAAGGAAAGAGGCGCUUGUGGCUUUUACUGUACUGGACAAAUGAGGGUUAAAACUUGAAGAUCAAGAAAAACAGUGGAAAAAAAGAAGCUAUUCUAUACAUCCACUGAGAGACUUUCUUUCUCUUUCCCUCUUUCUCUUAUUCUCUCACCGUUUCUCUCAGCAAGCGCAGAAACUAUGACUUUUGGAGGUCACUGAGGUUUCCAUUAGCAACAGUAGAACUGCAAAUCUUUCACCCCUAAGGGACCAAAGGACCAAACAUUUUUAUUGUUCUGAACAGUAAUAUAUAGUAUUAAUGAUACUAAUACUACAAACUACUACUAAUAAUAUUACAAGUUAAACUUAAGAAGAAAUACUAGCUUCAGGUUGAAAAAAAAGAGGAAAGGGGUUUUGGUUUCUUUUCCUUUUACAUUUAUAGCUACUGGGUUUGAGAAUAUUAAAGCAAAACAGAAAAAAAAUGUAUAAAAAAAUAAAGCUAUACUAUUUUAGUGGCGUAGAAUAUGUGGGUUAGACAUUGUUCGGGCAUGUUCAGAUAUGUUCUUUUGCCACUCAUUGCUCCAUCUGCAUCACAGCGUUUCAUCUCGGAGGUGUGAUCCGUCGGUGUUAUUGUGUCGGAAGAAGGAGAAAACAGUCCUGUAGUGCCAAAAGUGACACAGUAACAGCCUCUCGAAGCAAACGUUGCAGAUCAGCAGUGUGUUUAAGCCAUGUUAUGCUGUCCUCUGGUCUUGUCAGCACAUUGCAAUUCCAUAAUUGAAACAAGAGUCAUUCCAUGUCAUCAUUAAAACCUUGAUAUUACAGAUAAUCUGACCAUAAAGCACUGUGGUAAAAGUGCCACCCGGCAGAGCUGGAUACGCAGCAGUAAAACAGCACAGCAUCUGUAACUGCUUAAUAAAAUAUACAAAUGAGCCUGACAGCAGUUGUAAAAAUUUCCAUCGGCGUGUCACAGCGGUCCCUGCCAGGUCGUGCCCUCUCCCGCUGCCAAGCUCCUCCAGCUGCUCUCAGCAGGCAAGAGCAGACUCCCCUCCUCUUUCUCCUCCUCUUCCUCUCUCUCUCUCUCUCUCUCUCUCUCUCUCUCUCUCUCUCCUCACCUCCAAGUGCCAGCAUAUCUCUCUCUUAAUAGGGACCAUCAGUUCAUGGGGGCCUGAGAGCUAACCCACAGCAUAAUUAGGAUAAUGAUAAUAUUGAUCAGAUGGGGAGCGGCACCGCAGGGCAAGAGAUGCACAAUCAAUUACACAUUGGCAUUUUGAAUGAAUUGACUGAGUGACAGAGUUCAUUUUUCUCUCAGUGGUUGGAUGGGAGUCUUUUCUCUCUCUCUCUUGCUAUCACCCAUAGUCUCAGAGGGGGGACCCCGAAACCUUCCGUGGGACACAUUGAAGGCAGUUAAAUCUACACCAUCGCCGCAAAGAAACAAAAAGAUUCAGAGGUUUGCAAGGCUGCGACAGAAUCUGUAUAUAGUGUUUAGAGUUGAUUGUACAAGUUCUUCAGUGAAGAGCAGCUGUAUUUUUUUUUUUCCAAAGGGUAUAAUAGCACAGUAAGAGCUUGUACACAGUGAGGAACAGCCUGGCAUUACCAGCCUUAGGAGGUCAAAUUAAGAGCAAAAUGAUCCAUCAAUUAGACAGCAGCAGGGCUGUAAGUGUAGCUGCUACAGCUGCUGCUGCCUCAACAAGACGACAGCUUACCAUUAGCGCCGGUCACACAUGGCUCCUAUGCAGUGUGGUCACGACACAUCACGCUGUAUCAGAUAUGAUUAAUUAACUGAACUAGCAUCGUUUUUGGCAACGCUUUUACAAAGGGAGACACAGGACAUCCGAGAUGAAAUCUGUUUUUCAUGAGUUGUCACCUUUUUUUUAAAAAAAAAAAAAAUCCAUUCUAGUCUUUCUUCACUUAACAAUCAUUUAGUUGUCUUUUAAUUUGACUUUUUUCCCCCAAUAUGUCGUUCAUGUACUCCAUUUGCUCUAUGAAGCAGCUUGCCCCUCAGGACUCUGUGAGACCUCAGCACUCUGAUCAUCGCUCUCUAAACUUAGACUCAUCAGUGCUUCAGUCAUCAAAUCACAAUGCUGUCUCUGUGGCCCCAUCCACACAAGUAGAGUCUUCAGACAAACAUGACUACUCUGCCUCAGUAGUCUGCUACAACAAAUGUUUUAUCACCAGAAUAACUUCCCAGGUCCUGAUAACUGAAUCCCUCCUUUUAUUUUUACUGUGGCUCAACCAUUCCUUUGUGUGUGUGUGUGUGUGUGUGUGUGUGUGUGUGUGUGUGAGAUUACUGGUUCACUGGAUCAGUAUUAUUAGAGAGGGGAAAGUGUCAUUUAAUAGUAGACCUCUCACAGACAUUACCCUCAAUCGCCAUAUAUUAUUCUGUUGCAGGCAAUACUUAAUAUGUUGUAAGAAGUCCUUGAAAAUGCCUUUUUUUAAUCAUUAAUUGCCAAAUUAUGCAAGCAUAUCCACUGCAUCUCUUCAUCAGACUUUAAAUGUGCGCCAGAUUCCUUGAAAUUUUAAGAUAAUUUAAUAUAAAUGUAUUACUUUCAGGAAAUGCUCAUUAGUAGAAUGAGCUAUUUGAUUUUGUGAAAUAGUGUAACAGUGUAGGAGGAGGGUCACUUCAGGCUGUAAUGAUAUACACUAGGUACAAUAGGCUUUUCCAGAGAAAAGGGUAGAUUUCAUAUAUAUUUGCCAGCAGACAGCUUUCCCCCCCUGAUGAGUUACUGUUAGUUUCCUCUCUCCUGUCAGGGCCCAGCAGCUUUAGGAAGCUGUGAUAUAUGCCCUCCUUUCCCCCUCGGGCCAUACAGGGCCUUAUAAACCCACUGAAAAAUCUUUUCUUAUGGGGUUUCUACUGGAGAGUUUUUUUAAAUUAUUAAAAUCAAAUUAAAUUUGGCCUUCACAACAGCUUGGGUAAUGCAAAUUAAAGAUGCCAGCUGUGGCUGAAAUUUAAUGAGUUUGAAAAGAUGUUGAGUUAAUUUCAUUCUGCCAAGAAGAAAAAAAAAAUUUGAUUGAGCGCAAUUAAAGACAAAGACAGUUUCCAACCUGAUUGAGUUUGCAGUUGUGUGUGCAACACAUAAGCCUAUAUAUAUAUAUAUAUAUAUAUAUAUAUAUAUAUAUAUAUAUAUAUAUAUAUAUAUAUAUAUAUAUAUAUAUAUACACAUCUGCCACAUGAUUCAGAAAGGGGGAAAGAAAAGUAAUUGAAUGACUGAAAUCAGAAAUGAACUGAAAUGUUUGUACAUUAUUGAGUGACCAGAACUGACUGAAAAUUCACUAAAAAAAAGAGAAAGAAAAUGGCAGUAAUGAUUCCAUUAGUGUUAUAAAUAAGCUGCAUGUGGUCGAGCUAAAGUUUAUCUCUUACAUUGUUUUCACUCUUGAAACCAUUUUUUAAUUUUUUUUUUCCCCAUUUAUAUAUAUUUGUCAUCCUACCAUGGUGCCCUUUCAAUCUCUGAGCAUGCUCAAUGGGGACAGGGAGGGUUAAAGACUAUGAUUAUGGUACUACUCGUAUUAACAAUAUGAUUCUUUAACUAUGGUUUGAAUGCUAAGGAUAGUAGCUUAUUAUAAAUAUGAAAUCUGUAUAUUAUGGAAAAUCAGCACAGGACCUUUCUUUGGGUAAAUAUAGGUUGGGGUUUGAAAUGGAGGGAGGGGUUGAGGGAGGGUGGGGAGGAGGGGUUUUCGCUUUAUAAAGAUCUUAACUUUCUGGUUUCUCAGCACAAAGCAUACAGAAACAUUAUUAAACAGCAGUGUGGAGUCUGUGAAGUAGACUUCGCUGACAUACAGGGCGCAAAAAGAGGAAUCUCAGUACUAUUCUUUCAACCUGGAGGAGAAAAUGCUGUUUACAGGUUGUAUUGUUUCUCCUUUCUUUCUUUUUUUCUUUCUAAAAGGAGAGCGCCACCUGUUUUUGUGGCAGCAUCAGUACAGCAUGGAUUAACUGACAGGGAAAGCAGUAUCUUUUUAUAUAAAAAAAACUUUAAAAAAAUAUGUGUUCUGUAUUAGCCUGAGAAACCAAACUUUUUUCCCCCUGUUGAAAUUUCUUAAUACUUGCUGCUUAGAUUACUUCAUAUUAAUGAUUAAUGAUUUAAUAAUUUUAUAUUUAAUUAUCGGAUCAAGUAUGUAACUUGAUGUCUAUUUAUUUAUUUAUUAUUUUUAUUUAUUUGUUAUUAUUUAUUUAUUAUUUAUUUAGCCACUUUUAUUUUUCUUUUCUUUUAUGGUUAUGGUAAGAUAAAGAUAUGUAUCAAAAAGAAAUGCUUAUUGGGGCUUUUCUCUCUUUCUCUCCUUUUUUUCCAAUUUUACAAUAAAAAUUCAAACUGGAUGUUUGUUUCUCACACUUA